AUGGAGAAGUAUCACAUGUUUCUUGAGGUUAUGACAGACUUUAAGAAUCAAAGAAUUGAUGCUGGUGGUGUCAUAGCAAGAGUGAAAGACUUGUUUAAAGGGUAUCCUAAUUUGAUCCUUGGAUUCAACACUUUCUUGCCCAAUGGCAAUAAAAUAACCUUCAAUGAUGAUGAUGAUGAUCCUCUGACGAAAUCAAUUGAGUUUGAACAAUCUGUCAGUUUAGUGAAAAAAAUAAAGAAACGUUUCAGAAAUGCUGACCAUGUGUAUAAAUCCUUCAUAAACAUUUUAGGCAUGUUUAGGAAGGAGAAUAAGGACAUCAAAGAGGUGUACGAUGAGAUUGUUGUACUUCUCAAUGGCCAUUCAGAUUUGCUAGAUGAGUUGAGUAAAUUCUUUCCAGAUUCAGCUACUGUCAAUCCGUUUCCGCUAAAGUGCUUCCCUCUGGGUAGCACUAUUGGUCCUCAUGCAGAAAUAGACCGUAACAUGCACCAUCACACCGAUGAAAAAAAAUCUGUUCAUAUGGUUAAAGAAUUUGGAGGUCCUCAUGAAGAUAUGUAUAACACUUUUUGUGAAAAGGUAAAGGAAAGACUACGAAGUCCAGGUGAUUAUCGGUCAUUCUUAAAAUGUCUUCAUAUUUACAACAAAGGAAAAAUUACAAGGAAGGAGUUACAAAGUUUGGUUGCUAAUAUACUUGGACAAUAUCCUGAUCUUAUGGAGGGCUUCAAUGACUUUAUAGAUCGUUAUGAACGAGUUGAUGAGAGUAAGGAAGUACGGAAUGAGAAGAAGUGUAAAACUGAGGCUCCAACAAAAGAAGCUAUCAGCUUUCUGAAGAAAGUAAAGGAACAUUUCCAAAACGAUGAUCAUGCUUACCAAUCCUUCCUAGACAUCAUAAAGACGUACAAGGAGCCCAGAAGCAUCUAUGAAGUCUACCGUGAGGUUGCCAAACUUCUCAAUGACCAUCCAGAUUUGCUUUCCGAGUUCACUAAAUUCUUGCCAGAUUCUUAA